AUGGCUCAAAUCCACUUCACCAUCUUAAUAUUUGCUUUAUUUUUCGUCAACUCAUCCGCAAGCUUCAUCCAGCAGUCUCACCCCUUGGAUUCUUUGACUGAGACCGAACUCAAACUCGUCCGUAAAAUCAUCAACAAAACGUACCAUGUUGGUCCUGAAUAUAGGUUCACCUUCCAGUACGUGGGUCUCAACGAGCCUGACAAGUCCCUAGUCUUAUCAUGGCAUUCAUCACUGGACCACAACGUCAAACCACCACCACGUCAGGCGUUUGUGGUCGCCCGAGAUAACGGAAAGACCCGAGAGAUCGUCGUUGACUUUUCUUUUGGAGCCAUUAUUUCCGACAAAAUCCACGUAGGCGAUGGUUACGGUUACCCAGUGCCGGUCCUAAGAUUUAUGGGGUCCAAUACAAAAUUAAAAAGUAAGGCCCAUAAAUAA